UUGUAGGAGCUCUACCGCGCUUCACGUCGCUUUCAACUACAGUGACUACAGCAUUACUUGAACCUAGAACAAUUUCUUUUGCUAUUCCUUGGACUUAAAGGACAGUGAAUUUAUAGACGUUUAGUGUUGUGUAUAGACUGCUUGAUAUUUCGUUCCCUGUGUGGUGUUUGCCGGCGAUUCAGCCGACCUGUAGCUGUUUGGCCCGGGACGCCAAUACUUUGGAUCAGAUAAAACGCAAAUCUUUAAGCAUGAAGGACGAGCGUGCCAGCAUGCAGCGCGUACGCAUUGCCGUCAUUGGCAGUUCUCGAGUUGGCAAGUCCGCUCUCAUCGUUCGUUACCUAACUAGAAGAUACAUUGGUGAAUACCAUUCAAACACAGAUCUCCUGUACAGACAAACGGUACCUAUCAACGGCACUCCAGUUGAACUAGAAGUUAUAGAUGUAUCCGGUUCCAAUUCAGAUAAAUUCCCAGCUGAACAGAUUCAAUGGGCUGAUGCGUGCCUGCUGGUGUAUGCGGUGACAGAUCGCAGCAGCUUCGAGUACGCUACCGAAGUGCUGAGCGCCCUGAAGCGUGCGCCGACGGGUGGCAGCCCGGCGCACGCGCCCGCCGGCGGCGCCGCGGCGCCCAUGCCACUCGCUCUCCUCGGCAAUAAAACAGACCUAGACCACUUGAGACAGGUCACGACCAAGGAAGGUCAGGCUAUUAGUGCAGCUCACGGCGCCUCCUUCAGCGAGGCGAGUGUCGCCGACAACUCCGGCGACCUCUACCGCUGCGUGGAUCGCCUACUGGCUGAAGUGCGCACACCGCAGCGUACGCGCAAGUUCUCCGUCACCAAGAUGCUCGGAUCAUUAAUAGGCGGUGGUGGUAACACCCAUGCGACCCGCAGCGGGUCGAUGGUGGCGUGCCCCCGCGUGCCCGCGCCGGCGCGGCCCCCGCUGGCGGCGGCGGCACCCUGACCGGCGGCCGCGCCUGCGCACCGCGCGCGCUGAUGCCUCGCCGGCGCCGGCGCAGUGUGGCUCGCCUGCCUGCCCGUGCCCGCCCGCUUCGCACACCCCACGCCCAUGUCCGCCACCAUCAUAUAAGCUGCAGUGACGUCAUGGGUGCUGACACCCCUCGUGCUCAUCUCAUGUGCAGCUCGUGGACUACCAAAGACCAGAUACACUAGUCAAUAGUUUAAUCUUGUGCAUAAUAUAUAAGUGCACGAUGUGAACUUUCGUCAUAAUGUAUGCUUGGACGGCAUUGUGUUAAAACAUCAAGUGAAUCAGUUUUAUGAAUUUUGAUGUUUAAGUAAUUUGACAAUAAUUGCUAUAUUAGUAACGUGUUUCGACUCAUGUAUUGAUGUGCCAAAGAUCAGCUAAUAAUUACCUACAUAUUGGUGAAAAUGUUACAUAAAUGUAUGAAUUAUGAACUUUAUUAACUCAGUGAUUGAAUACUCAUUUGCAUACUUAAUAAUCGUACUCAACAAUGUGUAUUUUGUCUGUUGUAUGUUCAAGUUGAUGUUUAUGAAAUAUACAUAGAAAUAGAAAUCAAUUCAAAUAUAUAGUGUUAACGUGUAGAGCGAACGCGUACCUUCAAUAAUAUUGUUCAUGUAAGGUGCCUGACUGUCGCUAUAAUAUCUAUAUACUAUGUGUACCUUCCUAUGUGUAACGUAUAUCAGUUUGAUACGGCCUAAAUUUUCUACUUUUUCACAGUAUUAUUAUAAAGUAAGUCUUGUGUAGGGUAUUAACUUACACUUUUUAUUAUUCCUGUUUCACCAUAUCCAAAAUAUAUAAAUACGUUUAUUAUCUAAAGGCUUAGGAAUCUUUUGGAAUUGUAAUAAAAUAUUUGAGCUGUUCAUAGAGUUUUAAAGGCCUAAGGAGUGGUGAAAUUAGGUAAUUUAUUCACAUUUUGAAUUUUGAUAAUUGUUCUAUCUAAUAGAGGAAUUUAACUACACUCUUUAUACAUUUCUAUUGUUACAGAUUUGACCAAAUUUUUAUGUGUAGCAUUGUGAAGCUAUGUCCACUGUAUCGCUAUACAAUUUUAUGAAUUACUUGUAUUACAUAUAAAUCAUUAGUCAUCUUCUAGUCAUAAUUUAAGGGCUGUGAAAAGACAUUGUGAAUGUUUGGGUGGAGUGUUAAAAGAGACGGUCUGAAUAAACAAUGUUAUGUAUUUUACAAGACAAAUGUCUACGUGUAUUCUGUCAAAUGGGAUGUAGUAAUAAACUAUGGAUAGUGUGAUUAAACUUGUAAAUAAUAUGAAGCAAAGAUUUGGCUGGUGUGAUAUUGUUCUAGAUGUGACACCGUCGCACUGUUCAUGUACUUAAUAUUGGGCUAUCAAAUUAAUAGUAUCAUAAAUUAUGAACUAAAUAUGUAUAUAAGAAAAUGGAUAGAAUAUUAUGAGAUUGUUGGUGCGGCGGAAAAGUUGUAACGAGAAUGCCUUAAAUUGAAUUGCUAAAUUAUUACUAAGGCUUGUAUCGGUGUAGGCAGUGGGACUACGCGUAGCUUGCUACGACUGCUACAGCAGCUACGGCUGGCUACGAAUUCAGAACCUUUCGCUACGCCAUGUAUAUCUAGCAAUUAUUCCCAAACUGCCAAGCUUACUACAAGCCUUAUUGUUGAAUAUUGACUAUUCCAUAAAUUAUAUUGAUGAGAACAGAAUCGAGGAAUGUAAAUAUGUACCUACAUUGUUAAGGGGACUAAAACGUCGGAACUGAUUGGAAAUAAGUUGUAAAUAAAUUAAUUGAUUAGCUUUAAUAAUAUUAAACGGUUAUAAUAAUUA